AUGUCGAUCUUUAUCACACGAGAAGUAUACUCCUGCACACAUAGCCUAGAUCGACGCCACCGAACCCUCGGGACCGAUGAUGGUGUCGAGAUCGAGAUAGUUCCGAUCCCGUCCCAAUGUCCGGCGUGCGUGUACGACUCUCUCCUAGAGGGAUGUAUAGAGCUCGACGAAAAUAACAAGCGCGAUUACUCAACGCUAGACCAGACGGCUACGAAUGAAGAACGCGUGGGUGAGUUCGCCAAGUAUCUGCAAGAAUUGCUGGAGAAGAAGCGGUGUGCUCUGAUGGCCGUUUAUGGCGCCGGAUUUGUCCCGGAGUUUUAA